UCAGUUCCGAACCCAUAGUCUCAAUGUACCUGAUUAUUACAAUUGUUUGACUUAAAAUACAUAACAUACCACUAAGUGCUUCCAAUAAUUUUGCAAUAAUAAAAAUAAUUCUUCCAUACUCAUAAUUAAAAUCCUACUAGUGUGUGAUUUAUUUAAACAAAGCGCAUAAAUAAUAAUGACACUGCUGUCAAUUGGUUACAAUUCCAUGGGAAGGGAAGACAGCAUGAUUCGCCAUGUUGUAGUGCUGUCGUUCAUUUAAUUUAAAUAAAUAAAUAAAAAUAAAAUAAAUUAUGAUAAACAUAAAAAAUAAAUAAUCGAUAUGUCAGUUGAUGUCAAGUGUCAGGCAGUAAUUAAAUUAAACAAUAAUAUAAAUAAUAUAUAAUUAUAUCGAGAUGUGAGGUUCAAAAUCCUGCUAAAUAUCAUAUAAAUUAUAUACAGUAAACAUAUAUUUUAUAAAAUAUAAAUAACAUAUUUUAGAUGAUAUAUUUAAGUGGUGAUUUUUUGAAAUUUGUAAAAACUCGCGCACAUGUACCCGCGUUUGGUAUUACGCUUGCGCGUUUGUAGUUUAUGCAAUAAUUAUAUUUUUUAUACAUACAUGUACAUAUAAUUGUUGUAUAUGUAUAUUAACUAAAUAUCAUAAUGUAUAUGACAGUUUAUUGAGACAUCCAGUAUACAAUAUUUAAGUUAAGUAGAUAUGUAACUGUACAGUGUAUAUACAAAACUAUUUUUUUUUAUGGAUGGAUGUAUGAGUGAGUAAGGAAUUAAUAUGUAUAGAUAUUUAUAUACAUAUGUAUGAGAUAAUGAGGUAUUUCCGAUUAUUAAAAUGAACAAAAAAAAUAAAAUACUCAUGACAUGACAAUAGUUUAUACGCUUCCAAGUUAGAGCUGAAGUUUUUUUUUAAUUUUAAAUAUUUUUGAUAUUUAGCGGGUAAUAAUAAUGGGAAACGGUACUGAGUAAUGAGAAUGUUUAUGAAUAAAUUACUAAUGAGUCAAUACGUAUUGUAAAUAGUUCUGUAAUAGUUUGUUGUAAUUGUAAUUUAAAUGUAAUAAUUUGUUACUGUUGAGACUGAAAAUUAUAAUGAGUAAUAACAAUCCAUGUAUGAUAAUGACGACACCGGUACAUCAUAAAGUCGACAGCGAAGACAAGGAGCUCUCUGAGAAUUCAUUUAUUGACAACUGCGACAAUGAAUUGCUCAAUGAUGUAGAUCUUGUUAAUGGACCGAACCCCUGGCUCCCAGCGUACGGGUAUCAGAUACAGCAUCAGCAGACGUACAAUCGGCCUACACAUGAGGAACAGUCUAAUGAAAAUUGUAUGAGUCAGCAAAUUGAUUUCCUGGAGACGAUAUUCGAGGAAACGUCGGAAGAUCUUCAAAGCGAAUCUGAUAGAAGUGACGGUACUGGUUGUUGGCUCUGUUCUGAUUCUGAAACUAAAAGUGUUAUUCAUAUAACGAGUAAUAAAACUUCAGGACAAGCUUUUAUGAAAUCUUCUGUCAAGGGGGAUCAAUUAGAUAGCAAUGAGAGUGAGUGUAAUUCCAUGGUGCCAGAUAAAUGUCGCUGUCAAAAUAACUCGAGCGAGUGUUAUUGCUGGUGUAAAUCAUCAUCGACAGCUUUAAUAAAAGACAACAAUCGUUGGUCGGCGUUGCCUCGAUCGCUGUCAAGAUCCUCAACGUCAUCAUGCUCGUCGUCACUCGUACAAUUCGAAAAUAACGAACGAGCUUGUGCAGCUGUUUCGCCCUCAGGGUACAGCUACGACUCUCUCGAGUACUCAAACUGUUCAAAUUCAUAUUUUGAUAACACGUCCCCAGACAGUUUGGAGGAUUCAGAGAACGAAAAUUAUAAUCCGUCGAAAAAAUUCCAGUCGAGCAACGAUAACGUACAAUUUUAUUCGAAGAUCCGUCCGUACAAAAGCUUCGAAAGUUUGGAUACUUGUGAUAAUAGUCAAUUUGUUGAUGUCAAUAGUUUUAAACAGCCGAAAUUUAAAAGAGAUGUUUGGGAAGAGCGAUACAGUGAAGAGAAAGAUUAUUGCCGCAGUACUUUAGAUAAUGAUAAUAAUUAUCGUCAUCAAGCGAGCAUGGAGUGGACAAGUACGAUAGACUUGCGUGAAAUCGGUUUAGAAUCCGACGCUCGUGAAGCCGUGCUGCUAAAUCUUACUCGUUCACAACUUGGCUCCUUCUCGGAUUCACCUUAUGCUAAGCUAAAUAUAGAUCACAGCAACAACCAACCGUCGAGAAUUAUGCCCGUUGAACAACGAGGGUGGAGCAACUCGAUGUCGUCCGAUUAUAAUUUUAGAUUCACCAACAAAUCCCGUAGUGUACCCAGUCUACCAACAGACUUGGACGGGUUGUCAACUGACUAUUUAACUCGUAAUUUAUACUGUAAUGAUAUUUAUGAUACGUCAAGUAAUACUGGACUAUCAUCAUUAAAAUACUCGGAAAAUUUUACACGGGUUAAUAGUGUGCCAGUGAAUCUCAAUUUGUUUGGUUCUGUUGAUACUGAUAGUGAGCCACUAUCAAUAACGUAUGAUUCGAUGAAUGCUGAGGAUAAUUAUCGUGAAAUGGCCGACUACCAACCCACCGAAAUGCCACAUUACCAGUUGAACAAAAUCAUUUCAAAUGAUAACGAUAAUUGUGACAUAAUAGCUGCUGAUAAAGCGAUAGCGCCAGCGCCAGCGAUAGAAACUGAAGACAAUGAAGUGAAUAAUUGUCUUGAUAAUUAUUCGUCAUCGUCAUCCUCGUCAUUUACUUCAAAGCCAGUAAUUGACGAAAGUAAUAAUGUCGUUAAGAAAAAAACAGUUAAAAUUCAAGACCGCGGAUUUGAUGUACUGACUAUUGAAAAUAAUAUUGAUGCAGUUGUUGAUGAAGCGAUCCGUCAGCUUGGAAGUAAAGUCGAGGAAAUGACAAAUUACACAGAUAAUAUGGAGCAAGUUAUGGAUAGCAUUCCAAGAACUCCCUCUACCAAAGAUCGCUCAAGACGAGUCAAAAAUAAUGCCAGUUAUGAAUUAGCACAGCAGUGGGAAAUUGAUGACAAAGUAUUUAAAAAUUCACCCUCGUCUUCAGCAUCAGGUUAUUCAUCGCCUAAUACACGUAAACGAAUUUUGAAUAAUGCUAGCUACGAAUUGGCUCAGCAGUCUGAUUAUAUAAAAGCCCUUCAUUUGACCUCUAAGCCCUUUCAACGAAUGGAUGCUUGCGACGAAUUAAACGAAUCUGGUUUUGCUGAUGAUAAAAUUCGAUCAAUGAAAAGUGAAGGUAAUUAUUUUGAAAAUCGUGGCGGUAAUUCGUCGGCUGGUGACAGGAACCAAUCGGAUAAUUUAUUAAGUCAGAUAAAAAAAAACUCUGUUUGUUUUUCAAUUUAUGGAGAAACUGGUAAUUGUAUUCCUGAUGAUGUGGGACCUAUUGUAGAAGAUGAAGUAGAUUUUUCUUAUUUAGAAACUAAAGUCAUCGCAAAUGAGCCUGUUAUUAGAGAAUUUGAAUAUUUAUUGGCUGUUGAAAAUGAUAAAAAAAUUUAUGAUAAAAAUGAAGAAGAAGAAAAAGAAGAAGUUGAUAUUAAUAGUUGUAAUUAUAAUAAAAAUAAUAGUAAUAAUGAUGAUGAUAAUGAAAAAAUAAUGGGUGAUAUUGAAGUUAAAAAUAAUAGUGAGGAUCUAGAAUUGAAUGAGUUUUGUAUCAGUAAUGAGAUGGCGCUGUUAGUUGACAAUAGUAACUUGAAAGUGAAUGGAGCAGGUAUGUGCGGUGGGAUAUUUGCAGAGGAUAAUCGGCAAAACCCCCAGCGGCGAGACCGAGCGAUUGAGGAAGAAGAGAAAUUGCCUAUGGUAUUGGUAGAAGAAAGCAUUGUAAAGAAAACUAAGCUUGAGGUGGGAGAAAGUAACCAACAGGAGAAGCAGGAGCAGGAGCAGGACAAACAUAAGCAGCAAUGGAUUGGCGAACCCAAGCCUACUCAACAGAACGUCGUUAAUUCCACAUCUGUAGUGUGUAAUCAUGGUUUAGCUUCAGCGUCGAAUACACGAUCUGGUAAUUCAAUAGUUGGGCGCGACCUCGACGAGUGUGGGACGGAGAGUGAGGGAAAAAAGGAGGAAGUUAUUUAUGAAGGGAGCGAUAACCAGCCGUGGAGCAAACCGAUGUUAGUUAUGUUGACGAAGAGCUUGGAGAACGUGCGUACAGAUUCUUCGACUCCCGCGACAACAACAACACCAGCAUCAGCAACAGCAACAUCAAGACAACCAAGAGCUAUGGUGACAGUACCGCCAGCAAGUGACGCUACGAUAAGUGAAGAUGAUAAAAAUAAAAAGAGUCGACUCGGUGGUUUCUUGCAACGUUUUUCAAAAUUCCGUUUCAGUGGGCGUUCUAAAAGUCCACGGUUGGAUGGCAAUAAAAAAAAUAAAGUAAUAACAGAUACGCGGUCAUGUGGUACGCAAUCGGCAAAUGUGGGCAAAAGAGUCGCUGAACACAAUUAUAUUAUAAUACCGUUACAUGCACCAGAGGAAGAGAAAAAUAAUCAUGAAAAGAGACACCACCAGCAACAACUCGAAAUUUUAAAAAACACUGGCGUCGCUGAUAAUCCUCAACUAGACGCAUCGUCUAUUGGCACAAAUGGAAGGCCGCCAGUGUGUAUGAGCAAACCACCUUUGCCGCCGCUCCAGAAUCUUCGCGCGUGUGCAUCAACAACGAUACGAAGUACGUCGUCUCCAGAGCCAGCGAGUACGCGCCGGCGCGCGAUAACAGAUUUAGGAAACCCGGCUAUUAUCAAAAUGGCGAAAGCUCGUGCAAUGCAGCAGCAGCAGCAGCAACCUCAUCAUCAUCAGCACCACAAUUUAAACAAUCAUCAGCACCACCAGUCAGCCAGCCAAAUGAAAGACCAUCCAGGCGGAUUGCUCGAGACGGACCUCGACGCAGAUAUCAAAGACGUCGGUGAUAUAAAUAAUAGCAGUAUUAUCAACGACGGUGCUUCCACGACUGACAAAAAGACUCGCAGUCUACUCAACCUUACAACUCAUACGUCGCGUCAAGGCCGCGAGAACGUACUGUUGCGCGUACCUCAGUCGCCAGCAGGAUUCAGUUGCGACGGAAACACGAGUGACCAUCCUGACUACGACGUCACUGGUGAACACAUCAACAAUAAUCGUCCUCACAAAUCCAUGGAGUUCCUCCUUGAUAAGGAGAAUUUAGACUUCAUCAAGCCACCAGAAAAUGAACUCCAGAAAGGAAUGGCAGCUGAACGGGUACCUAGUGAACACGAGCUAAGGGUGCAGAGAUCAUUGCAACGAUUAAAUGUCCCCGAUUGGUACAAAAAUUCACCAGCAGCUCGGGAUGGAUUUCGGUUAAAACGACAUUCAGAUGCAUCUCAACACAGCGGAUGGCGGUCACUUGGUUCUAAAACCACAUCGUUAUCUUCCCUUUCGUCGUCUUCCAAUCUCCGGCAACCCAGCAGAGGACUGCUUUCGAGUCCAACGCCGCAGCCGGUGUUCUCUCGAUGGAGCACGAGUUUACUAAACAGCGCUGGUAGCUCACCGGCCAGCUCAAUAGGCUCGUCAUUCAAUUAUCGGCAACCUUACCUCGGAUGGCGGUCCCAAGAACGUCUAACGAACCCACGAACGCCUGCCGAACGACUUGCUCAGGGCAUCCUUCCUCAGAUGGAAUCAAAGCACCAGCAACAAGAGCACCACAGCCACCAACAGCAACAGCAACAACGAAAUAACCAACAGCUGGAUGUAAGGAACUCGAUAAAAGAAGUAACCUCAGCUAUAGUUCACUAUGUACAAAGUGGUCAGGAAGGAACUAAAGGUGGACGGCUUUCUCCUCGAUUUAACGACGAUAACAACGAUGACAGAAGUGAUAUUAAUUAUCAUCAUCGAAAUUACGAGGAGAGAUUCGCCAGUCCCAGAGGUGAAGGCAUUAAAAUGUGCUGGAUGGAGAGCUCGUUUGUCGGAACACGACCAGUAGACUCACCGGAAACGCCGGUGAGUUUGACAGCAGACAAAGAGUGUAGUUGUACGGGAUGUGAUGCCACGGGAACAACAAAAUCGUGCAGCUGUGUAGAAUCAACCACUAAUUCAGGACUUUAUCUGGAUUUGGCGGCAAGUGACGCGAGUAACUGCCCGUCUCCCUCCUCAAGUUAUCAUCGGGAUACGUCGCAACAACGAUACAGUCAUCAUCGUGAAUCGAUGGACGAAGACAUGAAAGAAGCAAAGACCGCAGCAAUGACCGCGGCAUUUUUCCGAAACAAACCGAGUCCUGGAUCGACGACCCUCGAGGACGUACUCGAUUCCUUGCUGGGUUUGCCAUCAGCCUCAUCUCGGACGCCGAGUCCUGGAGGGAAACCCGGAAAAAGUUGCAGUGAUUUACGUCAAGACCUCCAAGAGUCCGCUAAACAGGAUGCAACAGAGUCUACGGAGAAGCCGAUUAUAAAUAACGAACGUAAUAGAGAUCGCCGUAAGAGUGAGGGCAGUGAUAUUGUGCCAUUAUCUCAUCGUAAUUUAUCAUCAUCACGUAAUCGUCGUGUUUCAUUUGAUAAUACUGCGACUGUUGAUAAAUACCUGGUUAAAUGCCGUCAUAAUAAGUGUAAUAAUACAACGACACUGGUUGAGGCACGUAGAGUAUACAAGAGUUGUCAUUAUUGUAUGUAUUUAUACUGUUCGAGAGAAUGUAGACGUGCACACUGGCAACGUCAUCGUAAAACGUGUUUACACUCACGUGUAGGUGCUAUUUGUCGGCAAGUAUUAUCAAGUGCUAAAGAUGAUUUAGCUACGCUUAAACACAUUUCUCUGUUGGCAAGACAUGGGUACACAGCCCAUGGUCGUGGUGCAGUUAAAUUUUUUUUCAAAAGUCCCGAGUUGGCGGAUAAAUUUAUAGCCAAUGGUUUUAAAGAUUUAGGAGAGCCCACUUAUGUGCGUUCUUCAGAUCUUUUGCUCAGUGAAAUGGGCACCGAACUUUAUGCUGAAGUUAUGCGGCUUUGUAAAUCUUAUAAUCCUGAAACUAGAUUGGUACUUUAUGUUGCGGUUUGUGUUGUUAAUGAAGUUCCGUCAACUGAUGUCGGUGGUGUCAGAUGGGAACGUCAAUUAAUUUCACGUUGUGGUAAAAUACGUUUGGAUGCUAAACCACAUCAUCAUCACCAUCACCACCAUCAUCAUCAUCAUCAGCAGCAGCAACAGCAACAGCAACAUCGUCAUCAUCAGCAGCAGCAGCAGCAGCAGCAGCAACACCAGCAGCAACAGCAGCAUCAGCAACAACGUCAAGAAAAUGUUGUAAAAGAAUCAUUAUCAUCAUCACCAGCAUGUAACAUUACCCGUGAAAUGGAAUCACCAGAAACUCUUGUAUUGACAUCAUUACCACAAUCGAAUAAUAAGGGAGAGAAAGAAAGUACACCGAAAAAAAUACGCGAAAUCGGUUUUGGCAACAUCCAGCGGCAAUUAAGAUUACGUGGAGUAUCUUUAAGGAGACACUUUCCUCAGGUUUAUAAAAAGUUAUGCUCCUAUGUCGAUGGAUCCGUAGAUAAGUUUGCACCUGUUACGAUUUAUCCGAUAGACCAGGCCUCUGGAAAGAGUUUUAUGUGCAUUAUUAUGCUUGAUGCUGAACCCGAAAGAUUAAGGCUUUUGCCGACUGACUCGUCACGGGUGAAAACUAUUGAUAUUAGUGCCAUUGAACAGGAGUAAUGUUGAUUAAGUACUUGUUAUUUAUUAUUAUUAUAAUUAUUAUUAUUAAUAUCAUUAUUAUUACGUUAACAGUACGUGCAUCUACUCAGUGAAAGAGAGUUUGCUGACAGAUUUUUUAACAUUACGUUAAGGGGAAGAAGGUCUGAGAUACAAAAAAAAAGAGCACAUUCUUGUGAUUUUUUUUUUCAGAGUACGUUCUUUAUUAAAAUUCUUAAAAUUUGUGACAUCAUUAAGCAUCAUUCCAAGAAUAUUCUGCUAAAUUUUCAUAAAAAAAUAUUGAAAAAUAAGCCAGUGGUAGUGGGGAGAGACGAGUCACCUCAAAAGAAAGUCUCCAUGCCGUAGGCAGGAUAACUCAUGACCGCCUCAUCUGAAAUAAAAAAUCAAAAAUAUUUCUUUAGUACAUAAGUUUAUCUUGGAUUUGAACGAAAGAUUUUUUUUUUCGAUAACUACUUAUUUUUUAAUCAAACAAAAGGAGCAAUUUCUGGUAAAAAUCAGAGUUUUUUUAUUACACCUUUACCAAAAAUUCAAAAAUGAAUAUUUUGUUUAUUCCUUCGUUCAAAUCCAAGAUAAGCUUAUGUACUAAAGAAAUCUUUUUGGUUUUUUUAUUUCAGAUGAGGAAGUCAUGAGUUAUCCUGCCUACGGCAUGGACUUUUUUUUUAAGUGACUCGUCUCUCCCCACUACCACUGGCUUAUUUUCCAAUAUUUUUUUAUGAAAAUUUAGCAGAAUAUUCUUGGAAUGUUGCUUAAUAAUGUCACGAAUUUUAAAAAUUUUAAUAAAGAAGGUACUCUGAAAAAAAAUUCACAAAAAUAUGGUCUUUUUUUUGUAUCUCAGACGUUUUCCUCCUCUUAACGUACAUACUUUUAUUGUUGAAUUUAAAAUAAGUUAACGAUUAAUUAAAAAAAAAUUAAUAUAAAUUAUAAAUUAUUAUUGAAAAAAAUGAUAGUAAAAUAUUUAUAAAAUUUAAUUGCUCAUUAAUAAACGCAUUUGACGCAGGAAAUAAAGUUAUUAUUAAACAGAUUAAUUAUAAAAAAGAUCCAUUAUGAAUAUAAUUGGAUAUAAACAUAAAUUAAAUAAUAUCAUUAUGUUGCUAUUUAAUAUACUAAUCGCUAAAUCUCAAACUAAAUGAAUUUCAAAAAUGCCUGUGCCAAAAUUAAAAUAUAAAUUCACAUUUAAAAAAUAUUGAAUCCCUUAAGUGUGAGGUGCUCUCGUAUUUUUGUUGGUACUUUGUUUAAUAUUUGUUACAUUAUUACUUAUUACUUAUUACUUAAAAUCUAUGAAAUACAAACUAACAAUUUUUAAAAAAUUGUUUAAUGCGGCAUUUACACGAAAUAAGUUUAAAAUAAUUUAUCGAUUGUUAUAUAAAAAUAUUAAUAGAAGAAAAUAAUUAUUAUAUUUAUUAAUUUGUUUAAAUAUGUAGAGAUCUUUUAGAAAUUGUUUAUAUUUUAAAGUAUAUUGUUUU